AGGAGAGGCAGGCACUCAGUCUGUUCGCUCGCAGGAGGAAUCAGCAGCAGCAGGACAAUGGACUGUCUCCACAGCGGAUCCUAACGGCACCGGGCUGCUUCCGACAGACUGGAAAAUCAGGAGGUGAAUAUCAUACAGCUCCAGGAUGCUGCCACCUUCCUUCCUGCUGACCUGCUGUUCACCAGGGGACAUUUGAUUUACCAAAUAUGAUGAAGACUGAGCCCCCGUCGGCCACGGGGGGCAACGGGGCCUCCGGUGGGAGUAGUGGAGGAAGUGGGAGCUCGAAUUUAAGGAGUCCCUCGCCACACCGCAAUGCCUAUGAGGCAGGGCUGGCAGCGCUGAAGAAGGCCACUGACCACCUCAACAAUGCCGCCAAUGGAGGCUCUGACCCUGCCUCAAAGCCUGCACCUCUGCCCCGCCCAACCGCAAGGGGCCGGAGAUAUGGAUCAAACGUUCACCGCAUCAAGAACAUGUUUAUGCAGAUGCAGUCUCCUGGUGAUGAGGAGGACGGAGCCAAAAUGAUUGAUUCACAAUUGACAUUCCUGUCAUUGUCAGAUAAAGAGCAGGCGGUGAAACUGUCUCUGCCGAGGGCAUCAAGCCUCAACGAGAACGUCGACCACAGCGCUCUGCUCAAACUUGGAGGCACAGUCUCAGAGAGGGUCAACCGUUUUGACUCCAAAGCAGGGGGGGAGGGCGGGGGUUUCUCCAAGCUCCAGGAAACCAGGAGGAUCUUUGAACAGCGGACUCUACAGGAGAAGCAAGCAGCCACCAACCGGAUCUUGCUGAAGAAGGAGCGAGCGUCAGGUUUCCAGGACAGCCGUCUGGAUGUUGUGGCUCGUUUUAAUGGUUCCACUGAGGCUCUCGACCGGCUGGACGACCCUCCUGUUCCUGCUCCCGCUACUCUUCCUGCUGCUGCAGCUGCAAUGGGGCCCGAUGACGCUGUCAGCCCCACCGUGAGCCAGCUCAGUGCUGUGUUCGAGAAGGGCGAACUGCAAAACAAUCUCUACCUCCCCAAACGCCGGUCAGGACCUGCCCUGGCACCAAAGCCCAAACCUCCCGCAAGAGCAGAGGCUGGUGGGAGGAAGGCGAAGGUGGUCCCUCCAGGUAAGGAGGACCGAGAGGAGGUGACAGCAGGAGGUGUGAGCGCCCAGGCAGCAGAGCUUCCAGAAGUGAGCAUAGGAGGAGCGGUAACAAGUGAGGAGAAGGAGGCGUUCGGACAGUCAGGAGACAAGCUCUCCAGCUCCUCCCACUCCUCAUCGUCCUCAUUAGCUGUCACUUCCUCCUCUUCAGAGGCUAAACCAGAAUUGGAGGCCCAGCCAGCAACGACUGAAGCCAGGGGGUCAAGUACCAUGGCUGCUCCAGAGCGGGAGCGGCAAGCUGCAGAGCAGGACGGCUCCACUGGGGGGUCUGACGCUGGAGCCAGGCUGGUGCAGGCCGUGGUUCAUGCCUCACUGGAAAAUGGAGAAAAAGAGCCUCCAACUUUCUCCCCUUCUUCGGAGGAGAAAGAAGGGGACUCUGAGAGGGGGGGAGAGGAAGAGGAAGAGGACGAGGAGAACGAUGAAGAUGGCUCGAGGAAGGAGGAUUACUCGGAGGGGGAUCUGGUGGAUAUCAGUGCGUACAGCGGGCUCGGUGAGGAGGACUCUGGAGGCAGCCAGUUGGACGAUGAGGAAGAUGAGGAAGAUGAGGAGGCAUACCAGCCAGAGAGCAGCUGCUCCGAAAUUGCGGGCCUUCCAGAGGAAGAGGAGCCUGCCCCAGUCAAUAGGAAGAUUAAAUUCAGCACUGAGCCAAUAAAGGUCUUCACCACCUACUCUAAUGAAGACUACGAUCGGCGUAACGAUGAUGUUGACCCAAUGGCAGCCUCAGCCGAGUAUGAGCUGGAGAAGAGAGUGGAGAAACUGGACCUAUUUCCUGUCGAGCUGGAGAAAGACAGUGAUGGUCUGGGUAUCAGCAUCAUAGGUAUGGGUGCAGGAGCUGAUAUGGGUCUGGAGAAACUGGGGAUCUUUGUUAAGACGGUCACCGAGAAUGGAGCUGCACAGAGAGACGGCAGGAUCCAGGUGAAUGAUCUGAUAGUAGAAGUUGAUGGGACCAGCCUGGUUGGCGUCACUCAGAGCUUUGCUGCCUCUGUCCUCCGAAACACCACCGGCACCGUCAGGUUUGUGAUUGGCCGUGAGAAGCCGGGGGAGCAGAGCGAAGUGGCUCAGCUGAUCCAGCAGACUCUGGAACAGGAGAGAUGGCAGAGAGAGAUGAUGGAGCAGAGAUACAAACAGUACAUGGAUGAUGAUGAAGAGACAGGUGAAUAUGCAACAGACGAGGAGGAGGAGAUGAGUCCUGUAUUUCCAAACUCCAUUGAGGUUUUUGACCUGGCGGAGAACCAGGACAUGUUGUCUCCUGUGGAGCUGGACCCUGAGAAGCUGACCCACAAAUUCAAGGAGCUUCAGAUUAAACAUGCAGUAACCCAGGCGGAGAUCCAGCUGCUAAAGAGGAAGCUGGCUCACGCGGAGCAGGAUAAAUUGCGUUGGCGGAUGGAGCGUGCUCAGUUGGAGCAAAACAUCCGGGACAGUAAAGAGAGGAUGGAGAAACUGGAGGGAUACUGGAUGGAGGCACAGUCCCUGUGUAAGGCUGUGGACGAACACCUGAAGGAAACCCAGGCUCAGUACCAAACGCUAGAGAGGAAAUACAGCAAAGCCAAGAGACUGAUCAAAGAAUACCAGCAUAAGGAGAUCGAGUACCUAAAGAAGGAGACAGCUCAGCGUCGAGCACAAGAGGAGAGCGAGGCAACACACAAAGAGGAGACAGACAACCUGCAGGAAAAGAUUACAGACUUGGAGACCAAAGUGGAUGCCCUGAAAACCCCCAAACCCUCCUAGAAUGCUGCUACUUCCUACCUCCUGUCUGUGACUGGAAGAGGUGGAGCUCUGCCUUCAUUCUGACCGGGGCUGUAUUUUACUCCAAUCAACCAUUUACUGCACGGACGGGUAGCGGGUGGGGCGGGGGGUGGGGAGAAUAACAAGGAUGACAAUUAUAAAAGAGAGGAAGAGGAGUGUGACAUAAAGGGGAAAGAAGCAACCUCUCAUCUGACAUCUGCCAGUGGCUUAGAGCUCCGUCAGUCAAUAAUCAAUCCCAGAAUGCACCCUCUGUAAUACCCAGAAUCCUCCUAGUGUGUCUUCCUGGCAACCGGCUUGGCAAUCAACAUGGAAACCACAUUUGAGAUCCUGUACUUUAUUUAUGGAUGAUCGCUUGUCCUCAUCUCAUCAACUGUAUCUUACCGGGAGUCUAUUAUCAAUUCAAAAUUAUUUUAAAAAGCGCUUUUAACAAACAGGCUCAUCACAAAGUGCUUUAUGGAGUGACAGAGGGCAUAAAUGCCGAGGAAAAACUGAGCAAACGAAGGACAAAGGUCAUUUGAUUGUCGUUAUACUACUUUUUAACAAGGUGGUUGCUGAACCAUCUUCUUUUUGGAACUGGAUUCUUAUGGAGAGGACAAAACUACAAGGAGAAGUGGCCACCUCAUUUUCUUUCUCAAGACUCAACACAAAUUCUGAAAUGGAAACUUGGUAGUAACACGUAACAACAAAAACUACUUUGUUAAGAAAAGGGCCUCCCUGAUAGUUACGUAAUAAAAACUAUCAAACAAGAUGGCAGACAAAUUUCUGAUUAGUGACAAAAACUGUGAAAUAAUACCCAGCCUUUGGUUUCUUUUCUAGCCUAACUCUCUGUGAGCAAUGGAAGGAAUCAGGCAGAAAUGUGCAUUUCCGGUUUGAACCGUGGUGGCAUACCGUUUGUAUAUAUUCUAUACGUCUAUUUAAAAGUAUUUCAGUGGCUUAAGCAAUUGAGUGGGUCAGGUGGCUGAGAAUAAGGCAGUGUAAUGAGUGAAUGGCGACGUCUUACUGUGGAGGAUUGAGUGGUUCACUUGUCCAGAUUCAGUCUGUUUCAUCUCUUUUUCUAUCAACAUCAAUGGCGAACAGGGUGUUAAUAGUCUAAUAUGUGCUUAUAGAGCUUCUAAUUGUGUAUAUUUGUUGGUGUUGUACUAUCUGUGUGUUGACAUGCACACCAAUAUCCUGUUAUUCAGGAUAGCCAUGUACUAUAUUCUUGAGUUGGUGCAGGGAAACAUAAUAGAAAUAUGAUCUCAUCCAGAAUCACAAAAAACUGAAUAUGCUAGCUGAAUAUAACUGUAUUCUACAGCUUCCACUUUCUCUCACUGAACUGAGUGCAGUCAGUUAAUUCCAGCUACAACAGGUAUGUACAACAGGAUAUGUACAACAGGAUUUUGUAGUGUCAGUUGUUCAAUCGUUUCUUGGAGGCAGAGCUACUUUAGAAAUAAUCUCACUGGUUGAGGAAAACAUCAGUGGGUGGAGCUACAGAACAAAAAAUGACAAUAUUAAAUUUUUGAGAUAGAUAUGCAUAUUAGAGAGUUUAAAAAAUCUGCUAACAGUAUAUUUCCAUAAAUACAUAACUUAUUAACAUAACUUAUUUCUAAUAAAUACAUUUAAAUUUGGUUAUUUAAGAUUUGUGACCAGUGCUCUCUGCUGGACAAACGAUUUAAUGGCAACACUGUUUCUAAAUGACCUCAAACAUAUUUCUGAACCACAGUUUCCUGUUAUUUACCAGCUAAUAUUGGCCUGUGGAAGUAAAGAAAGGCCAUAAUAAUUAAUUUUUUUAUGAGCAACUGUUACUUAAUUGUGAAACCAACCACCGAAUUAACUGAAUGAAAUAUUUGAAAACCACAUUUAGAAUUCUGAUCAAUUUUUUCAGGCUCGAUUGAUUAUUCUCGGUUGCCUGGGUAUUCAUCUUGAAUUUGCUGUCUGAAUGUAACCAGUCAAAUUAAGCAACUUCAUUUUUUGACCAAAUUUGAAGUCUUAUAUCAGAAUUUGACUAACUGAAUCUGAACAACUCAAAAAGGCUUUUUAAUAUUGGACAUGUCUUAAUUUGUGAAUCUUUAAGAAGAAAAAAAACAACUUGAAAUCAAGUUUAUAGCAAAGCUAUAAAUUCAGUAGUAUUUAAUCAAAAAACUAUUUAACAUUAAGUGUUCAUUAUUGAUUACAUUUCAAAAUGAGGUAUUCUGUUGCUUAUAAAAUUCUAAUUAUAAUGGCCUUUCUUUGCUUCCAUGUUGGCCUGCAAAGUUAUCAGCCAGGCUUGACUGGGCAUACUUACCUGUAGUUAUCCAUGUAUACUAAUUUAGCCUGCUGAUUUCUAAAAGUGUGAAAUGCAAAUGUUAUGAAUGAAAGAAUAAGUCAGUCAUUGCCAAUUACAUUUUAACAAAGUAUCAUUUUUAUCAAUGUUUUUAUUAAUAUUUCAAUCAGUAUUUGUCUUUUCUAGCUAGCUAGUAUAGCCUUUUAAGCUAACGUAGCAGGAUGGUUUUGCCUCUUAAGAAAUGUUUGCGUAACUAGACUGUACUGUGGAUAUGAGCUACAGUGUUAUUCAGAAAAAUGUGUGCAUGUAAACACACUCCACAUCUUAGUAGAAGAAGAGUAGAAGGUCCCAGUGCCAGUAUUAUGACUUUAGAAAAGGAACCUAAGUUAGUGAUACAUGCCUGACAGUCAAAAUAUGGGUUGAAUACAAAAGUUUUGCUGUGGUCAUUAAACGUCAGAUAAUUUUCUGGAUCUCAAGAACCACUAGAGGUGCAUCAGGUUCAGCCAACAAAGAAAUGAUCAUUUUUUAAAAUGUCUUUCAAACAGAUACAUUUGCAAAUUUAGAUAAAGUUGCAUCAAUUUUUAGUCAAAUAAUAAGUGCUCUUUGGGUGUGUUCUUUUUCCAGAUCUUGAAAAUGUAUUCUAUCAGAGAUGGGAAGUUAUCCUUAAGAGUUUUCCUAUUGGCUAAUGAAGAA